CUUUGCCGUAUUUGACUCUGCUUGCUGGGGGUCAUCCGGGAACCGGAGAUUGUCGUUGAUCAUAUGGUGAAUCUACUUGGGUUCCAACCUGAACGUUGACACCAACCCUUGCAAUCACCGAAGCCGUCUUUCGCUGAGACAUGUUGACCACGUCUCGUUUUCUCAAGCGUCUCAUACGAUCGGCUAGCUUUAGAUAUCCAGUAAAAAGGCCUUUGAUAUGGUUCACUGUAUUGUUUUAUGCUUGCUUAGCCGCAUUCAUCAUCGCAGUCACUCCAGCUCGCAUUGCUCAAUUCGUGUAUGACGUCUCUCAAGACCUCCGACAUCUUCCAUAUGGCUACAUGCUUCUUAUCGUUGCCAUGAUUGUCGCAUCCUUCCCUCCUUUCAUUGGACAUAGCAUGCUCCUUCACUUGUUCGGUUUCACAUACGGUCUACGGGGCGUCAUCUAUGCAGCAAUCGGAACACUGGCAGGCUCCGUCAUAGUUUUUGUUACCCUUCGGAUGAUGUUCACCAGGAGACUGCGUUGGUGGGCCCCCACCAACGAGAAAUGGCAGGCUCUGGAAGCUGUCAUACGAUCAAAAGGCAUGCCCUUGAUCAUCCUCGUCCGCAUGUCUUCACUUGUGUCGUGGAGUUGGUCAAAUUCGCUAUUCGCAAGCAUAUCAUCGGUAUCAUUUACCCAGUUCUUCAUAGCGACUUUGUUUGUCUUCCCAAAGGUCACGAUAAACGUAGCAAUCGGGUCUCGUCUUGCCAGAUUCUCAGACAUGAAACAGCGAACUCGCAUGUAUGCCCGAGUAAUGGUUCUCAAUGUAAUUAUCAUUGUCGGUGGGAUUCUGUUAACUGCUUUAGCCAGCGCGCUGCUCUAUUAUUUUAUACUGAAGGAGGUCAAACGUUUACGUGCCAACCCGUCGGAGCGUAACAAAACAGGUACAAAAACGUUCGAGGCAAUAGAGGAAACACCUUUCUCUGAAUCUACAGUUUGAAUCUCGCUUCCUUGGUCAGCUCGUUGUAGUAGGCCGCCUUAUCUUGGUAAUAGAAUUCAUAUCACCCACCCGUACUGUUACGUUCUCGAUGGACCGAUGCAGA